UUCCAAUGCAAUUAUUUCUUUCUGUAUCAGUGAGUUAGGCCAUGUUCUGAUACUGUUAUCUUACCUCUUGACUUAAUUUGAACUCCUGCAGGUUGCUCAGAAGGUGCUGAAAAAAUGCUAAGCAGGCAUGCCAAAGACUAGGACAAUACAGGAUGCCCUUUGCUUGGGCAGCGAGAACAUUAUUUAAAGAUUCAUCUGGAAACCUUGACAAAAAUGCCAGAUUUUCUGCACUCUACAGACAGGAUAGCAAUAAGCUAUCAAAUGAAGACAUGCUCAAGUUACUAGCAGACUUCCGAAAACCUGAGAAGAUGGCCAAAUUACCUGUUAUUUUAGGCAACCUCGACAUUACAAUUGAUAACUUUUCCUCAGACUUUCCCAAUUAUGUUAAUUCAUCCUACAUUCCCAUGAAACAGUUUGAACACAGUACCAAAACUCUAGUCACGUUUGAAGUAGAAGAGUUUGUUCCCUGUAUACCAAAACAUACUCAGCCUUUCACCAUCUACAAUAAUCACCUUUAUGUUUAUCCCAAGUCCUUGAAAUAUGACAGUCAAAAGUCUUUUGCAAAGGCCAGGAACAUUGCCAUUUGCAUUGAGUUCAAAGAUUCAGAUGAAGAGGAUUCUUACCCGCUAAAGUGCAUCUAUGGCAGACCUGGUGGGCCAGUAUUUACCACAAGCUCUUGUGCUGCUGUUUUACACCAUCACCAAAACCCAGAACUUUAUGAUGAGAUUAAAAUAGAAUUGCCUACACAGCUCCACGAAAAGCACCAUUUGUUGUUCACAUUCUAUCAUGUCAGCUGUGAUAAUUCUAGUAAAGGGAGCACGAAGAAGAAAGAUGUCAUUGAAACACAAGUUGGAUAUUCUUGGCUUCCACUCCUGAAAGAUGGAAGGGUGGUAACCAGCGAGCAGCACGUUCCUGUAUCGGCUAAUCUUCCAUCUGGCUACCUUGGCUACCAAGAGCUUGGAAUGGGCAAGCAUCACGGACCAGAAUUAAAAUGGGUGGAUGGAGGCAAGCCGCUGUUGAGAGUGUCGACACAUCUAGUUUCUACUGUGUAUACGCAGGAUCAACACUUACAUAAUUUUUUUCAAUACUGCCAGAAAACAGAUUCUGGAGCUCAAGUCUUAGGGAAUGAUCUUGUAAAAUAUCUUAAGAGUCUUCAUGCAAUGGAAGGUCAUGUCAUGAUAGCUUUCUUGCCCACCAUCCUCAAUCAGCUGUUCCGGGUUCUCACCAGAACUACCCAAGAGGAAGUUGCAGUCAAUGUGACACGGGUUAUUAUCCAUGUGGUUGCUCAAUGCCAUGAAGAAGGAUUGGAGAGCCACUUGAGGUCCUAUGUAAAGUAUGCUUAUAAAGCAGAGCCAUAUGUUGCUUCAGAAUACAAGACUGUGCAUGAAGAACUGGCCAAAUCCAUGACCACCAUCCUGAAACCUUCUGCUGACUUCCUAACCAGCAAUAAACUCCUCAAGUAUUCCUGGUUUUUCUUUGAAGUUUUAAUAAAAUCUAUGGCUCAGCAUCUGAUCGAGAAUUCAAAAGUUAAGUUGUUGAGAAACCAGAGAUUUCCUGCUUCUUAUCAUCAUGCUGUUGAAACAGUUGUUAAUAUGCUGAUGCCACACAUCACUCAAAAAUUCAGAGAUAAUCCAGAGGCUUCAAAAAAUGCCAAUCACAGCCUUGCAGUUUUUAUAAAGAGAUGUUUCACGUUUAUGGACAGAGGCUUUGUUUUCAAACAGAUCAACAAUUAUAUCAGCUGUUUUGCCCCUGGAGAUCCAAAGACUCUUUUUGAAUUCAAGUUUGAAUUUCUGCGUGUAGUGUGCAAUCAUGAACACUAUAUCCCUUUGAACUUGCCAAUGCCAUUUGGAAAAGGCAGGAUUCAGAGAUAUCAAGCUUUUCUUUCACCAACUGUGGAGUCACAUGACACUCCUAUAGAUCUUCAGCUUGACUACUCAUUAACAGAUGAGUUCUGCAAGUACCAUUUCCUAGUGGGCUUACUGCUAAGGGAGGUGGGAAAUGCCCUACAAGAAUUCAGGGAUGUCCGGCAGAUUGCAAUUAGUGUGCUGAAGAAUCUGUUGAUAAAGCAUUCUUUUGAUGACAGAUAUGCUUCACGGAGUCAUCAAGCAAGGAUUGCUACCUUAUAUCUACCUCUAUUUGGCCUCCUCAUAGAAAAUGUACAGCGAAUCAAUGUGAAAGAUGUGUCACCAUUCCCAGUUAAUCCUAGCGCCAAUGCAAAGGACGAACCACUAAAUAUGCCAACUACAAAUCCAUUAGUAACCCCGCAGAAAUCAGCAAACACACUGGAUAACAACCUUCAUAAAGACCUCUUUGGCGUUAUCUCCGGCAUUGCAUCACCUUAUACCACCUCAACACCAAAUAUUAAUAGCGUGAGAAAUGCUGAUUCAAGAGGCUCCCUUGUCAGCACUGAUUCAAUGAACAGUCUUCCAGAAAGGAACAUCGAGAAGACCAAUUCCCUUGACAAGCACCAACAGAGUGGUACCUUAGGGAGCUCAGUAGUCCGCUGUGACAAACUUGACCAGUCAGAGAUUAAAAGUCUGCUGAUGUGUUUCCUUUAUAUCUUAAAGAGCAUGUCUGAUGAUGCUUUAUUUACAUAUUGGAACAAGGCGUCAACAUCAGAAUUGAUGGAUUUUUUCACGAUAUCAGAAGUGUGCUUGCAUCAGUUCCAGUACAUGGGAAAACGAUAUAUAGCAAGGAACCAGGAGGGGUUGGGACCCAUAGUUCAUGAUCGAAAGUCUCAGACAUUGCCUGUUUCCCGUAACAGAACAGGAAUGAUGCAUGCCAGAUUGCAGCAGCUGAGCAGCCUGGAUAACUCUCUCACAUUUAACCACAGCUACGGCCACUCUGACGCAGACGUUCUCCACCAGUCCUUACUAGAAGCCAACAUCGCCACUGAGGUCUGCCUCACAGCUCUGGAUACUUUGUCGCUAUUCACGCUGGCAUUUAAGAACCAGCUUCUGGCUGAUCAUGGACAUAAUCCACUGAUGAAAAAGGUUUUUGACGUUUACCUGUGUUUUCUUCAAAAACACCAAUCGGAGACAGCUUUGAAAAACGUCUUCACUGCCUUAAGAUCAUUAAUUUACAAGUUUCCCUCUACAUUUUAUGAAGGGAGAGCCGAUAUGUGUUCUGCCUUAUGCUAUGAGAUCCUGAAGUACUGUAAUUCCAAGCUGAGUUCUAUUCGUACUGAUGCCUCCCAGCUGCUCUAUUUCUUAAUGAGGAAUAAUUUUGACUACACAGGAAAAAAAUCCUUUGUGAGGACACAUCUGCAAGUUAUCAUUUCUGUAAGCCAACUGAUAGCAGAUGUUGUCGGAAUUGGAGGAACCAGGUUCCAGCAGUCCCUUUCCAUCAUCAAUAACUGUGCCAACAGUGACAGGCUUAUUAAGCACACCAGCUUCUCAUCUGAUGUCAAGGAUCUGACCAAAAGGAUUCGCACAGUCUUAAUGGCCACGGCUCAAAUGAAGGAGCAUGAAAAUGACCCCGAGAUGCUAGUGGACCUCCAGUAUAGUUUGGCCAAGUCCUAUGCAAGCACUCCUGAACUCAGGAAGACGUGGCUGGACAGCAUGGCAAGAAUUCACGUCAAAAAUGGGGAUCUCUCUGAGGCAGCUAUGUGCUAUGUUCACGUAACAGCCUUGGUGGCUGAAUAUCUUACAAGGAAAGAAGCAGACAUAACCUUCCGACGGGAGCUAUCCUACCCCCCCUACAGCCACAGCACCUUCCAGAGGAGCAGUCGGGGAGGCAUGUUUAGGCAAGGAUGCACAGCCUUCAGGGUAAUUACCCCCAAUAUAGAUGAAGAGGCCUCAAUGAUGGAAGAUGUUGGGAUGCAGGAUGUCCAUUUUAAUGAGGAUGUAUUGAUGGAAUUGCUGGAACAGUGUGCUGAUGGACUCUGGAAGGCUGAACGCUAUGAGUUGAUUGCUGACAUCUAUAAACUCAUAAUUCCCAUUUAUGAGAAACGAAGGGAUUUUGAGAGACUAGCUCAUCUAUAUGACACUCUCCAUCGAGCAUAUAGCAAAGUCACAGAAGUUAUGCAUUCGGGCAGGAGACUUCUGGGGACUUACUUCAGAGUUGCAUUCUUUGGACAGGGAUUCUUUGAAGAUGAAGAUGGAAAGGAGUACAUUUACAAAGAACCUAAACUUACACCUUUGUCAGAAAUCUCUCAGAGACUACUAAAGCUUUACUCAGAUAAAUUUGGGUCUGAAAAUGUCAAAAUGAUCCAAGAUUCUGGCAAGGUCAACCCUAAGGAUUUGGAUUCAAAGUAUGCCUAUAUCCAAGUGACACACGUGACUCCAUUUUUUGAUGAAAAGGAAUUGCAAGAAAGGAAGACUGACUUUGAAAGAACUCAUAACAUCCGCCGAUUCAUGUUUGAAAUGCCCUUUACUCAGAGUGGUAAGCGCCAGGGUGGUGUUGAAGAACAAUGCAAACGACGUACAAUAUUAACAGCAAUCCACUGUUUCCCUUAUGUGAAGAAGCGCAUCCCUGUGAUGUACCAGCACCACACGGAUCUGAAUCCCAUCGAGGUGGCCAUUGAUGAGAUGAGUAAGAAGGUGGCUGAGCUCCGGCAGCUGUGUGCCUCGGCUGAAGUGGAUAUGAUCAAGCUUCAGUUAAAGCUCCAGGGCAGUGUCAGCGUUCAGGUUAAUGCUGGUCCCCUCGCAUAUGCCCGAGCUUUCUUAGAUGACUCAAAUACCAAAAGAUAUGCUGAUAAUAAAAUAAAGCUCUUGAAGGAAGUUUUCAGGCAAUUUGUUGAAGCAUGUGGCCAAGCUCUGGCAGUAAAUGAGCGUCUUAUUAAAGAAGAUCAGGUGGAAUAUCAGGAAGAAAUGAAGGCUAACUAUAGGGAAAUGGCAAAAGAGCUUUCAGAAAUCAUGCACGAACAGAUUUGUCCCAUGGAAGAGAAGUCAAACGUCCUCCCCAAUUCCCUUCAUAUUUUCAACGCCAUCAGUGGGACGCCAACAAGCACAACGGUUCACGGGAUGCCCAGUUCUUCUUCACUUGCAUGAUUGUUCCUCGCCAGGCUUGGAGAGGACGCAAGGUUUGGUUUUGUCAUUUGCAGACUCGGGAAGACUUGCGAUGGACACUGCAGACGAGUCCUCGGGCAGGAGAAACGUUGAACAUGAACUAUUGUUUCCUAGUAGGCUUUGUGUAGAAGUAAUAGAAGGAUGCACUUUUUAAAACAAUUUCCCCGGCACUCCAUAGAGCCGUCAUUGUGGCUCAGCAGAGGCGUGGGGUGGAAAACUGCAGCUAGAGCUCAUGUUCCUUCUUCCUUACGCAGUAGUAUUAGAGUAAAUGGCACAUUUAAGGCACGAGUUGGUGAAUGUAUAUAGCAGUGAGAAUAUCACUGUUUAGGGUUGGUUUAGCCUGGAGUUUCUGGGCUAAAUUUGUGAAUGUUGAAAAUAUUUAGGUAUUCUCUAUUUUUCUCCCGUGGCACAUUCAGGUGGAGUACAAGGACAAGAGCUAUUUUUGUGCCUAGAUAGACACUAGUUUUUGAUGAUCUAAGGGAACUGACAAUUAUAAUUUUUUGUACCAGCGAACAAGAAAGAAAAAGUCCUAUUUUAUACUUAACUGGGAUUUACAAAGUAGGUGAGCUUAAAACUGGUCCCGCCAUUUAGAACCAAAUGUCUGUAUUAAUAAACACAGUUAAUGCUACAGUUUAAAAAGCAGUACAAAAAUCGUCAUGUACAUAGAGUUUGUUAAUACAGUCUCGACCUUCUGUACAUACGUGUAUGACAUUUCUAGACUUUUUUUAAUACUCAUACCAGCUUCUACGUUAAGUUUGAUUGUGACAGAUUUGUGCUAUUCUUCGUAUAGGCUCUAUAUUUGACUUGACAGUUUUAUUCUUGUACAUAAGUGAGUGCAAUAUGAAGAUGUACACAGUCUUUGCUCUGUUAGGUUUAUACACUGUUUAAAGAGAAAUUCAUCUUCUUGCCAAAAUGAUGGUGUAGGAAUUGGUAAUCAUAAAUCCUGUGGUAAACAGUCGCAUAAUUUAAAGCUUUUACCAUGUUAUUGUUCUUUUAAGACAUUAAUUUAGUAAUUUUAUAUUUGGGAGAAUAAAGGUUUUUAAUUUUAUUUAACUGGAAUCACUGCCCUGCUGUAAUUAAACAUUCUGUACCACAUCUGUAUUAAAAACAACCUCCCCCCCAA